AUGGGGAUGAGUAAGAGAGAUAAGAAAAGCUCCUUUACUUCGCCUCGUGCUCAUCUCAGAACUGCUUACCACAACUGCUUUAACCGCUGGUACUCUGAGAAGUUUGUGAAAGGCAUGUGGGACAAAGAAGAAUGUGUUUCUGAGUGGCAAAAGUAUAGAGCUUGCCUAUCUGAACAUUUGGAUGAUAAACAUCUGAGUCGGUUCUUGGAAGCAGAAGGCAUUGUCGAUUCAGCCACUCAAGCUGUGAAAAACCCUGUUGACGGAGUUUCUCAGUGAUAUUUCUUCCAUCUUCAUUUAACUAAAUACAAGGGGAGGUGCUUUACAUGAAGAAGGUUGAUGCAUUGCUCAAGUAAAAAUUGUAAAACUAUAAUCUGCCAGAUUGGAGGGCCCAGAUAUGGGCCCUUAGAUUUAAUACAUGUAGAUCUAAGUGCAGGCUAUACAUCAAAGGGAUUUCUUGCUUGGCGUGUUUCAGAUGAUUUUAGCACUUUGUUAAGACUAGCAGUGGCAAUUGUAACUGCUUUAGAAUCUAGAUUUUAGUUUCAAUAUCAAUAGGUGUCAAUUUGGGGCUCCAUCUUUGCAGAGUAAACCUUAUCUUCUUCUAUGUGAGUUUCUUUAUCUGUUAGGUUUACUAGCAUGACAAAUGCACAAGUACUUAUGGUUUGUGCUAAAAAAUGCAUAUCUACAUUCUGCAAUUUUCCAUUGUAGCUGGCCCUUGAACAGUGUUUCUACUUGACUUGCAUACUGCCAAUGCAAUUAUCAAUAAGAUAGUUUUUGUUAGUGGUAUUAUUUAUAUUAAAUGACAUAACUGGUAUCUGUUCACCUGAAAGUAUUACCAUACACUGGAAUUCCAGGAUCUGAAUUAUAUCUUUCAUGCAUU